AUGGCGUCCGCAGAGUACCUACAGGCCUCGUCAACCGGCUUCAAAGACGCCAAGGCCUACGAUACGCACCGGCCGUCGUACCCUGCCGAAGCAGUCCAGAGCCUCCUGACUCACCUCGGCGUGGCGGGCAAGUCCAAGGCGAGAAUCAUUGACCUCGCAGCCGGCACGGGCAAGUUUACGGAGCUGCUGGCAGCUCGGCCGGAGGAGUAUGAGAUCCUAGCGGUGGAGCCUACGGGGUCGAUGAGGGAGACGCUGGUUGAGAAGGGGCUGAGGGGCGUGACGGCGAAGGAGGGGACUGCUGAGAAGAUGGAUGUUGAGGAUGGGUGGGCGGAUGGGAUUGUGAUUGCUCAGGCGUUUCACUGGUUUGCGACUGAGGCUUCAUUGGCGGAGAUUCAUCGAGUACUCAAGCCAGGAGGCACGGUGGGAAUGAUUUGGAACGUGGAAGAUUACAACAAGCCAGCAUCGUGGCCCGCCAGCAGCAAAUGGGCAGAGGCACUCAACGCCCGCAUCUUUGCCCUCCCAGACUUUGGCCCCCCUCGCUUCCGCCAUCUCAAAUGGCCGCUGGUAUUCGAACGCCAGGCGAAAUUCGAAAAGCCGCUGUUCUCGACGCCAAUCGGAGAGGAAAAGGUUCCCUGGACAGUCUGGCUGGAGAAGGAUGCGGUGUGGAGCCGGGUGCACACGCUCAGCCAUGUGUAUACCUUGGAGGGCGAGGAGAAGACGAAGUUCAAGGCGAAGUUUGAUGAGGAGGUGAAUAGUGAGAAUGGCGAGGUGAAUGAUAAGGGCGAGGUGGGCGUGCAUGGGGUGACGCUUUUGGCGUGGAGUAAGAAGCUGUGA